AUGCACGCGUUGGUGCGGUUUCCGAUGAACGCCGUAGCGGGGGUGUGCCGUGCGCCAUACACGCGGGCGGUGCGUAUGCGCCGCGUCAGUGUUGCCGUGGUGGAGCCGCAGCGCACCUUUGUAGCGAAUCCUCCUUCCUCGCCGUUUUCAUUGUCUUCCGUGGGCGUGGCCACAGCGGAGGAUGCUGCAGCAGCGACAUCUGCGAGGUGCGAGGGUACCGUGGCAGGAGCGGCUGAUUCGCCACCUUCUCAUAACCCUCCUGCGCAGACGGCGAGGGGGUUCCGCAGCAGCACACAAUUUCAGAUGAGCCCCGCACAGGUGAAUGAGCAGAACGUGCCGAGUGCGAGAGAGGUUGCGCAGAUGAUUCCUACGUUGCAGGAGCUGCGCGCGCAACUGCCUGGUGCGCAGGAGCUGGAGCGGACGUACAUCCCACGGGAAUCAGCUCUGAGGGCAAACGGCGUCGCUGGACGGAGUGAGACGAGCGGCGAACGCGCGGCUGCCACGACGGCCUCCUCGGCACCAUCGUCACUGUUGCAGAAGACGAUGGUCCCGCUGGAGGCCUUGUUUUUCGGGUCUGCCACCGACGAAGUUGCUGCGGCGACUGAAGCAACACCGACAGCAGCGUCGCCGCCAUGCCCACCGUCCCGGGAGCAUGUUCUUCUGGCCUACCGCGCCCUCUUUUGGGGCACCGCGUUUGCGCUGUUGGGCUUUAGUGUGACGGUGGCGACCGCCAUGUACCUGUGCGGGUAUCACAGCCUGCGCGACCUGCAACAGGGGGUGCGCGACAAGAUGCGCCACGAUGAGGAGCGCCUGCAUGCGAUGGCUGCUCCUGCUGCCACGGGGGAAGGCGCUGCGGUAGACACGGUGAAGCAUUACGUCGUUGAUGUCACGCACCCGACGGAGGCGUGGCGGCAGCUGCAGGAGAUUUGGAGUGCCUUGCAGCGUCUUUCCGAGGAGGAGGAGGAGACGGCGAAUACGGCAGUGACAGGUGCGCAGUAG